AUGGGUGAAUCAAGACAAGAGCUCAUUCAAUGGCUCAACAGCCUGCUCCAGCUCAACAUCACCAAGGUCGAGCAAUGCGGCACAGGAGCUGCGCUUUGCCAAGUCUUUGACAGCAUCUUUCUCGACCUGCCCAUGCACAGGGUCAAGUUCAACGCCAACACCGACUACCAAUACAUCCAGAAUUUCAAGAUCUUGCAGAACUGCUUCGCGAAGUACAAGGUCGAUAAGCCAAUCCCCGUCGAGGCCUUAGCGAAAUGCAAGAUGCAGGACAACCUCGAAUUCCUCCAGUGGGCCAAGCGCUACUGGGACCAGCACUACCCUGGCGGCGACUACGACGCUCCCUCGCGGAGAAAGGGCGCGGCUGCCCUACCCGCCACCGGCGCUGCGCCGCGGGUCACCAGUGCGGCUGGUGCCCGGCGCGGAGGCACGACACCAACCACGACUGGUCCCCGCGUCGGUCGUGUCGCUGGUGCUGCUGCCGGUGGUGGUGCAGCGUCAGCUGCGCUCCUCAGCGAGAACGCCACCCUCAAGGAGACUGUUGUCGGACUCGAGCGCGAGCGCGAUUUCUACUUCAGCAAGCUGCGUGACAUUGAGCUGCUGGUCCAGCAGGCCGUCGAGGAGGACCCGGAGCUGGAGAAGCAGGAGGAUGGCCUCAUCAAGCACAUCCAGACGAUACUGUACUCGACCGAGGAGGGCUUCGAGAUCCCGGCAGAGGGCGAGGGUCUGGACGACCAGGAGACUUUCUAA